AUGAUGGCAAAGCUAGAAACCCUCCCCAACGAGCUACUCUUCAUCAUCUUGAAAGAUGUCCGAGACAUCCGGGGCCUCGCUUCCCUCGCCCAGAUGAACCGCCGCCUAAACGAGGUUGCGACGCCCUCCCUCUACAUGGCAGCCGCAAGGAAGAAACGACACCAAGCCCUCGUCCACUCAGCCAAGAUGGGCAACAUCGCAGCGCUCGAGGUGCUCCGAGUUUGCGGCCAAAACCUCCGCGCAACAGUCAACAACAAGAAGGAGCUGAUCAAGGCAUGGGUUCAGAAGCAGGCACUCAUUAGCAAACGGGAUAAAAGCUUGGAGCGCCUCAAAAAAGACAUCCAGAAGCUAGAACGCGCCAGAAGCAUGCUCAACUACAAGAAGUACCCCGAGAUCAAACCGCCGGGGUGGAAAGAUGAGGCAGACGAAGAGAUCCAGAAGAAACGCCUGGAGAUCAUCGAGAUCGAUAAACGCAUCGACGACUUCAAGCGUAUUAUCGUGGACCCUCGCCAAGACGCGAAAAGAAUCGUUUAUUUUCAGGAAUAUGGAGCUCUCCACUGGGCGGCCUUCUUUGGACAAUCAGAGACUGUUCGCUGGCUACUCAGCAAUGGAGUCAAUCCUAGGCAGGCAUGCUUCCUUCAGUGUACCUGGAUUUACGCCAGUGGCAACGAGUAUCUUCGUACCUACACCAACGCCCUGCAUCUAGCCUUUGACCUUGGACGUUGGGGCGUCGUGCAGGUCUUUUCCGCCAACAAAGCAGGCCAUGCCAUAAUGUACGACACAUCGCUUUGGGAAGAAGCUAUCCAGGAGGACCAGGCAAAGCCGGCAAUGAAGUUUGCUGUUUCCGUCGCAUCUAGCUGUUUCCACGACGACGCUGGUCUGCUGAAGCAGAAACCUUCAGAGAAGAGCAUCAUCGACUCCGUCAACUUGCUUCUUGACCCACUGGAUUGUCUUGAAGCACACUGCGACGCCGAGCCGGAAGACAUCAUUUUAUGGAACGAGCGAAAGCAACGGCUGUUGGAAAAGCAAAAAGGCCAAGUGUUCAAGCGCGCCGAAAGAAAAGCGCAACGGAAAGAGAGUCUGUGGGAUUCUCUGCAGGUAAUCGCAGAUCACAAGACCCAAGAGGCGGCAAAGCAGCACCGCACAGUAAACCAUCAACUGCGAGUUGAACUUGGCAAGCCGUGUCGUCGUUGGGGCAGAAAGAAGUGCCGAGGUGAAAUGGCUGGUUGCUUCGGAUGCACAAUGUACGGCGAGACCUUCUGCGCGCAAGAUUUCCGCGACCUCGUUUUCGACAUUCCCAAACCGAAUUUCCACAAUGCCACCCAGACUCUGGCCAUUGAGUCUUCCAAGACACCUCAGUCGACCAUUGUGCCGGUACGCCAGCUCGGGACGGAACACGAUGUAAUCGUCCUCCGCCAGCGCGGCGACCGCGAAGCCAAAUUCCACCUCUCCCCUCCCCUGCGCAGGGACGGCAAGAUCAAACUCAGCUACGGCGCAAGGCUCGACGGCUCAGACGUCAUCGGCAAGACCUUCACCGACGCCGUCAAGGACACCACCGGCCGCGAUGUGAGGCUGCAACAAGUCACCCUGGCGCAAUACGUCUCAAACUCCCCACGAAUCGCAACGCCGAUCUACCCCCAAGACGCCAGCAUGAUCGUCUCCGUCCUCGACCUCAACGUGCCGUCCCCCGGCGAAGACCCGGACUUUGACGACGGCCCGCCGGUCGAGAUCUUCGAGGCCGGCACCGGCAUGGGCGCGCUGACGCUGCACCUCGCGCGGGCAAUUCACGGCGCGAACCCGCCGGUGCCGCUGAAGCUGCGCGAGGCGCUGUGCACGGCGGAGUACGAGAGGAACACGCUCCCGCGGAAGCCCGCGACGGACGAUGAUGCGCCGGAAUAUGCGCACUCGCCGCACGCGCUGCAAAUUGCUGACCCGGAACUCGCCGAGAUGCACGCGAAGCACGUCGCCAGCCGCCGCGCGAUUCUCCACACCCUGGACAUCAAUCCGACGUCGAGCCGCAUGGCCCACAAGCUCGUCAGGUACUUCCGGCGCGGCCUGUACCUCUCCGACGUCGACUUCCACGUCAGCACGAUCCGAUCGUACCUCUCGACCCGCCUCGCUGAGACGGACGGCGAGCCGUUCCUCGCGCACGUCAUCCUGGACCUGCCGGCGUCGCAGGAGCACGCGGACGUCGCGGUGCAGGCGCUGCAGCCCGGCGGGAAGAUGGUGGUGUUCUACCCCUCCAUCACGCAGAUCCUCGAGUUCGAGAUGUGGGCCAAGGAAACGGGCCAGCCGCUGGUCCUGGACCGCGUCGUCGAGCUGCACACGUCCACGUCAAACAGCGAUUCCGGGUUCAAGGAUGCCCUCGGCGGAAGAAACUGGGAGGUCAAGGCCGUCGGCAUCCGCAAGUUUGAGCGGGCUGGGGAGACGGGGCCCGCGUCGAGGGGGUAUGUCUGCAGACCCAAGGUCGGUACCCUCGUUGUUGGGGGUGGCUUCUUGGCUGUGUUUAGCAGGAUACCGAAGAAGUCUUCUGUUGAGGAGGUGGUGGAGGAAGUUGAACAAACGGAGUCUGAAGAGGCUGAGACAGAGGGCCAGCAACCCGAGGAGGACACUCAAAGGCCCCAGUGA